AUGCGUCGUGCUUGCUUAUCAUGCUCCCUCGUGACUCCCUGCCAGACCAUCCACCCACCACUGGUCACCUGCGCCCCCCUGGACACAGACGUGUACAACCGAAUGGUGCCGCCCGGCAGGAGGCCCACGUUCGUCCACAUGCUCGCCACCAUGCUCGUCAGCGCCGUCUCCCAUGUGCGCUCUACAUUGCCCCGUUCCAUGCUUCUCUCUUCCAUUCUUGUUCUCCCUUACCCCGUUCCUUGCUUCUCGUUCUCCUUUCCCAGUUCCAUGCCUCUCUAUCCCAUGUGCGUUCAUUCUUACCCCGUUCCAUGCUUCUCUCUCCCAUGUGUGUUCUUCCUUACCCCGUUCCAUGUGCUUACUGCCUCCCAUGUGCUUACUGCCUUCCAUGUGCUUACUGCCUUCCAUGUGCUUACUGCCUCCCAUGUGCUUACUGCCUCCCAUGUGCUUACUGCCUCCCAUGUGCUUACUGCCUCCCAUGUGCUUACUGCCUCCCAUGUGCUUACUGCCUCCCAUGUGCUUACUGCCUCCCAUGUGCUUACUGCCUCCCAUGUGCUUACUGCCUCUGAUGGGCGCCCUCCUUUCCGCGAUCCAUGCUUUCAUCUCCCAUGUGCAUCAUCCCUACCACCCAUGUUUCUGCCUCCCACAUGCGUCACCGCAACCCCUACCCACCAGUUUCUUCCUCCCAUGUGCCUUACCUCUACCCCCACGUACCGGAUUCGCGGGUCAAGAGCAAGAUGGUGGACGCUUGGGGCUGCUGAGGAAGAUGGUGGGGUCGAGGAUGCAAGUAAGGUGGAUGCAAAAGGGGUGGAUGCAAAAGGGGUGGAUGCAAAAGGGGUGGAUGCAAAAGGGGUGGAUGCAAAAGGGGUGGAUGCAGAAGGGGUGGAUGCAGAGGUUGGCACAUCGGAAGAAGGUGCGACACCUGGUAUUGCAGUAGGGCGUGCAAUAUCAGGCAUGGCAGCAGGGGCCAGUGAAUCACUUGCAACGGUACAAGUGACAGAAGGUGUUCAAAUAGCGGUGGCAGCAGGUGAUGUGACUGCGGGUGCGACAGCCAACCAAGAUCUGCUGCUCUCCCUUCUUCUGGUCUCCACUCUGCUGCUCUCACUUGUACUGCUCUAA